AUGUCUGGAAUGCAGGUUGCAGCUGCACCAAAGCCAAAAAUGUUGCAAAGCCUGUGUUCUACAUUCUGGAUUAUUCUUCCAAGCUGUACAGGGGCUGGUGCUGUAGCCUUAGACUGUCCAGCAGGAACCUACAGUACAGCCACAGAGAACACUGCAUCCAGUGAUUGUAUUGCUUGUCCAUCGGGGAAAUACCAAGAACAGGCAGGUCAGACAUCCUGUGAUGACUGUCCCGCUGGAAAGUCCUGUACGGCAACUGUUGCAUCUGACUGUGCUGCUGGGACCUACUCAACAGGAGGACAAGCCACAUGUACAAAUUGUCCAAUAGGGAGUUCCUGUCCAUCUGCCUCCACUGCACACACUGUGUGUGCUGACGGAUAUUACACUUCUUCUACAGGCCAGACAUCUUGCUCCCAAUGUCCAGCUGGAUCUGAAUGUCCAAACCAUGGUGCUCCAGUUCAAUGUGUGGCUGGACUAUACAGUACGCUUGGAUCAGGCAGAUGUUUACCUUGUGGAGAGGGAACUUACAGUGCUUCAGCAGGAUCAUCAACAUGUACGCCAUGUUUGGUAGGACAUUCAUGUGGAAAUGCGACUUCAUCCCCAACACCUUGUGGGGCUGGCUAUGUUGCAGCAACUGGAUCCUCAGCUUGUACGAUAUGUACUGCAAGUCAAGUGGCAGAUAGUAACCAGGAACUCUGUGAAUCCUGUCCAGCUGGAUACGCAUGUACCAACCCCACGUCGAGUCCAACAGCCUGUGCAGCUGGUACAUACUCAUUAUUAGGAGAUGCUAGCUGCACUAACUGCCCAGCAGGAUUCCAGUGUUCAGUCAACAAUGCUGCACCAGUUGCUUGCAGCUCAGGUCAGUACUCUACAGGAGGGCAGACAGCUUGUAUUUCCUGUCCAGGGGGAAACUACUGCACAGAUGCUACAAGUACACCUGUACUUUGUGCCCCAGGAGAAUACAGUCCUGCUGGAACGAUGUCCUGUUUGCCGUGUACUGCUGGUAAUUACUGCCCUCAGGGAGCGGAAGUCGAGACUAGCUGUGGUAUUACUGGGUUUUAUUCAGCAGCUGGUGCGUCUUCCUGUUCGCAGUGUCCAGCGGGAAGUUCGUGUACGACUACUGCAGCUUCGGCUUGUUCUGCUGGGUCCUACUCGCUACUUGGCGAGGAGACCUGUACCCCCUGUCCAGCAGGAUAUGACUGUACAAAUCAGGGAAUUUCUCCUGUGAUAUGUACCAGUGGGACAUACAACUUGGCAGGCUCGACUACAGCCUGUGUUACAUGUCCCGGAGGCUCUUUCUGUGUGUCAACAACUGUUAGUCCCUCCCCGUGUGCCUCAGGUUACAACAGCAACCCUGGGUCUACAUCAUGCACACAGUGUCCCGCGGGAUAUGGAUGUCCUGAUUUAGCUGAUAUCACAAAAAAUUUCCUGUGUCAACCUGGACAAUAUUCAGAAGCAGGAGAGAUGACCUGUACUGAUUGCACAGCUGGUUCUUAUUGCCCGAAUACAGAAGUAGCAUUGGUGCUACCUUGUGCUGUGGGAUUUUACUCCUUGGUUAAUGCUACUAGUUGUAUUGGAUGCCCAGCUGGGUCCAAAUGUCCAAACACAAAUGGUGUAGGCAUAGAAGUGUGUGCUGCUGGAACCUACGCCACAGGCAACUCAGUAGACUGUACAGACUGUCCUGCCGGGUUCUACUGCCCGCUGACUACCUCGGACCAGUCCAUCGAAUGUCCCAUUGGAACUUACUCUACCGGAAAACAAACAUCAUGUACAGAAUGUCCAGCAGGAAGUGAAUGUCCCUUCUCUGACCAGAACACAGAGAUUGCCUGUAAUUUUGGAACAUUUUCUGUGGGUAACCAAACUUCAUGUACCCAAUGUGCUAUUGGAUAUGAGUGUCCAAAUCCACUAACCAACAGCAGUUCUCCUUGUGCAGCUGGUUACUAUUCAUUAGGAGGACAGGAACAGUGUACUGUUUGUCAGGAAGGUAAAUACUGUGAAUUUACCACAGAAGGUGGUCUCGACUGUGGUGAAGGAUAUGUCAGUCCUGAUGCAUCUACCAACUGUACGAUCUGUACUGCUGGCUACUACUGCCCGACAAACAGAUACUCCCAGAUGACAGAAUGCCAAGAAGGUUAUUACUCCAUCGCUGGACAGAUCAAGUGUACAAAAUGUGAUCCUGGUUACCAGUGUCCAAUGGCUUCCACCACACCAACGCCCCCUGGUGGACUUUGUAACAAGGGAGGCUACUGCCCAGAUGGUCAACGCUUUGUAGCCUGUGUUGCAGGAAAAUACAAUGCUUUCAAUGGAUCAACAUCAGAGACACAAUGUUCACUUUGUCCUGCUGGUUACUACUGUGAUCAGCAAGGAAUGGAUGACUUCUCAGUAAACCAAUGUCCCUCCGGAGCCUACUGUCCUUUAGGAAGUGUGGUACCAACCAACUGUCCAGGCGGUACCUACAAUGACCAAGGAAAUGCAACACGUUUAAGCGACUGCCAGGUCUGUCCAGCUGGGUAUUACUGUCCAGAUGGUACUGCAAACCAAGGAACUAUUUGUCCUAAAGGUUUCUACUGUCUGGCAGGUCAGACAGACCCUACUGUGAAACCAUGUCCAGUGGGAACCUACGGUCCAUCCGAGGGCUUUCAGAAUGAAACACAGUGUAUUGAGUGUCCUGCUGGACACUUCUGUCCAGCCGGCUCUGGUGUGGCUCCAACGGAAGCUCCAACAAAAUGUUCGUCAGGGAAGUAUAAUCCAGACACAGGAAGUGGAUUGGAACUCAACUGCAGGCUGUGUGAUGCAGGAAGGUCAUGUCCCUGGGAAGGCCAGAUCAACUCAACCCACGCCUGCCAGGAAGGUUAUUUCUGUCCAGUUGGGACUAGUACCCCAGAUCAGUUUCCAUGUUUUCCUGGAACAUUUACCAAUAGAACUGACCUUACUAGUGCUGAAGACUGCGAACUCUGUCCACAGGGAUACUACUGUGAAUGGGCUACAACUGGCCUGGGAACAAUUGAUGGACCCAAGAAUUGCCGACGAGGAUUUUACUGUCCUGAGGGAUCACCUAAUCCAGAGCAAUUUCCAUGUCCUGCUGGAACAUAUUCUGAUGCUGCUAACCUAUACCAAGCUAGCCAGUGUACACCCUGUCCAGCCGGAUACUAUUGCACAGGCGGACAAAACAAGACGACAGGAAUUUGCCCAAUAGGCUACUACUGUCCAGAGUCUACUGUCAAUGGAGAGCAGUACGGCUGUCCUAACGGGACGUAUAACAACUUAGAGGGAGCCAUGGGUCUCAGCAAUUGUACUAACUGUACUCAGGGUCACUAUUGUGAGUUUCGUACUACAAUUCCUGAAAAGUGUCAACCAGGAACAUACAUGCCAUGGGGUACAGAUGGUUCUGGAAACAUGAUUGGUCUAGAUUCUGCUAAACGACAAUUUGAUUGUUGGGACUGUCCUGGAGGGUUCUACUGUGGAGAAGGAACUAUAACUCCGCAUAACUGUGGCAAAGGACUUUACUCAAAACCUGGGCAGUCAGAGUGUAAAACUUGUAUAAUGGGCCAUUAUUGUGAUAAUGAAACAACAUCAGAGGAUGCCAUGUUAAAUGACAAGAUUUGUAACCAGGGUUAUCUGUGUGGAGAGGGACUGACAGACAUGGCAUUAGCUGCCCCCUGUACCACUGGUACUUACUGCCCUGCAGGAACACUCGAGAUGAUUCAGUGUCCUGUGGGUACUGUCCAGAAUGAGACAGCACGAUGGGAUGUUACACUUCAUUGUUUACCAUGCCCGGCUGGGUCGUACUGUCUGGCUGCGUCUUCCGCGGUGACUGGUUUAUGUGAUGAAGGCUUCUACUGUCCUAGUCCUGUGGCAACUGUCUACUUCACACCUCCAUCACUUAUUGGAGCCUAUGGGCCACAACAGGUGGCCUGUCCAGCUGGAACGUACGCGGACACCAAAGGCACUCCAGACGAGGCCAGUUGUAAACCCUGUCCUGCUGGUUACUAUUGUCCACAAGCUAGUACAACUACCAUAGACUGUCUCCAAGGUUACUACUGUCCUGCGAAUUCUUCUGUUUCCACACCUUGUCCAAUUGGGCGUUAUGGAAAUGCUUCGAACCUAAUGGCCAUGGAUGAUUGUAACCUGUGUGACCCUGGUUACUACUGUGAUGCCCCAGGAUUACUCAGCCCUCGUGACCAGUGUGACCCCGGCUUUGUAUGCUACAGUGGAGCGUCCACUUCUGGCCCAACUGAUGGCGUCACUGGAGAACGUUGUCCAGCAGGUGGAUACUGCCUGAAAGGAUCCUUUGAACCUAGACCCUGUCCUUUGGGAACCUACAGCAAUGUUACAGGGUCUGUGGAUAAAUAUGACUGUGUCGAUUGUGACCCAGGCUACUACUGCUCAGUGCAGUCUGGUGGUGCUCCCACGGGGCAGUGUGAUGCUGGUUGUUACUGUACUGGGGCUGCCCAAAGUGCUUGUCAGUUUACCACACUUGCUGGUUACUACUCACCAAUUGGAUCUACCGCAGUAACGGAAUGUUUGGUUGCAACAUAUAAUCCCUUUAAUAGACAAGGAGCUUGUCUUACCUGCCCAGCUGGAUCCUACUGUCCUGAUAAGGCAAUGAACUACAGCAUCAUCUGUCCUUCUGGUCGGUACUGUCCCGAGGGCAGUGAAAUUCCAUCAGAUUGUCCACCUGGAACUUUCUUAAGUCAAGAGGGAAUGACCAGCCUUGAUAACUGUACCAGCUGUCCUCCAGGAUUUUACUGUCAAGAUAGAGGUGCUUCCAAUUACACCGCAGAAUGCUCUGCUGGCCACAUUUGUUACGGAUCAGCGGAGUCAAGAGAUCCUGUAUACAAUAAUGACCCGACCGGAAACAAAACCAUUAUCCUCUAUGGUGACUCUUGUUCUCCUGGAUACUAUUGUCCACAAGGCUCUGCUGUCAUGGUAGAGUGCCCAACAGGGACUUAUAAUCCAGAUCGUAACGGUCAGUCAGUGGCUAACUGUUUACCAUGUGAUGCUGGAAGUUACUGUAAUACUACAGCCCUCACAGCUCCUACAGGGCCAUGUGCAUCAGGUUACUACUGCAAGGGAGGAGCCUGGGUAGACAGUCCUGUUGACAACACCACUGGUAACAUUUGUCCACAGCACCACUAUUGUGUGGCAGGAGCAGACUUGCCUAGAAUCUGUGACAUUGGUUACUAUGCCAACACCACUGGAAUGUCUGUGUGUCAGCUGUGUAUCGCUGGCUAUAUAUGUUACCCUGGACAAGCCCCAACAAUAUGUCCCCAAGGAAAGUUCUGUGCUGCUAGUACAGUAUCAGAUCCUCUAGACAACCCUGACGCCUGUCCUAUAGGAACCUACAGUACUGAUGUUGGUCUGUCACUCAUCACAGAGUGUCUCGACUGUAUAGCUGGAUAUUACUGUGACGAAAUUGCCUUGGUAAAUGUCACUAAGAAGAUUGGACCUGGGUACUUUUCUGGCGGUGGUGCUACAGUGGCUCAGCCAGAUGAUUACUUAGAACUUCGAGGAAAGUGUCCUAAAGGAUUCUACUGUGAGGAAGGCUCCAUUUCUCCUACUCCUUGCCCCCCAGGAACUUACGGGCCAGCAUUCUGGUUGAAGUCAGCAGCUGAAUGUACUGCUUGUGAUGGAGGCUAUUACUGUACCAUCAGUAACAUGACCACCACAGGAACUCAGUGUACAGCAGGAUACUACUGUAGUGGAGGAUCUCCAGAGGCAGCUCCUGUCAAUCAAACUUGGGGAGAUAUCUGCCCUACAGGUUACUAUUGUCCCACUGGUACUCAGGACCCAAUACCAUGUGAAGCAGGAAAGUAUGCUAAUGCCACAGGGAGUACGACCUGUUUGAACUGUCCAGAGGGCUACUAUUGUACGGUCAACACCAGUGAUCCCAUCCCAUGUCCAGAAGGUCAUUACUGCAUUGCUCAAGCCACACUGCCCUAUUCCAAUCCAUGUCCGAUUGGGAAAUUCAACAACUUGACUGGAAUGAAUGCACUGGCUGACUGUCAAUCCUGUACUCCAGGUGAGUUUUGCGAGACACAGGGACUUGGUGCUCCGACUGGCUACUGUGAUGGCGGAUGGUAUUGUACAGGAGGAGCCACAUCCAGACAACCUUCAGACCCACUGACUGGGGGACAAUGUACGAUUGGAAACUUCUGUCCCAACGGCAGCUCAGCAGAAAUCUCCUGUACACCGGGAAUGUACUGUGACAAUGUUGAGUUAUCUGCCCCUACUGGAAACUGCUCUGCAGGUUAUUACUGUCCUGUAGGCUCCUCUUCUGCAUCUGCCGUGGCCUGCCCGAUGGGGAAGUUCUGUAUUGCUGGAAGUAGUGUGGGAGACGACUGCCCACCAGGUACAUUCCUGAAUGUGACAGGUGGUUCAGAUGUCUCGGAUUGUCUCCCCUGUUACCAAGGCUACUACUGUGCAGGAUAUGGAAAUACCGUGGCCACUGGACAAUGUGAUGGUGGAUUCUAUUGUCCAUCAGGAAUGAAUCUAUCCAGUCCUGCUGAAUACACAUGUCCAGUGGGACAUAAUUGUCCAAUCGGAAGUCACGAAUCAAUUCGCUGCUUGUCUGGUACCUACCAGGAUGAGACAGGACAAAGUGUGUGUAAAGACUGUCCCGUUGGCUACUUCUGUGAUAAUACAAUGGCACCAGUAGUCCUGUACAACAAUUCCAUUUGUCCAGAAGGCUACUACUGUCCACUCAACACCAAGUAUUCAUCAGAGUUCCCAUGUCCAAUCGGAACGUUUGGAAACAUAACUGGCUUCCAGGCUGUAGGUGACUGUAUUUCAUGUCCUGGAGGAUAUUAUUGUGACAGCUUGGCCCAGAUAGACUACAGCAAAAUUUGUAAUGCAGGGUAUUUCUGUAAACAAGGAGCAACAUCUGGAACACCCUCACAGGGAGCCGAUGCUGACGAGUGUCCAGCUGGUCAUUUCUGUCCGCUGCAGACCUCUGAACCACAAAAAUGUCCACAGGGAACUUUCUCUAACGCAACAAAGCUAACAGCACAGGACCAGUGUACCAAUUGUACAGCAGGGAGUUACUGUGGCGACCAGAACAUGAUACAGCCAUCAGGUCUAUGUUGGGGCGGUUACUAUUGCACAGAGGGUGCUGAUAGUCCUACUUACAUUACAUGUCCUGAGGGGGCAUUCUGUCCCAACGGCAGUGCCACAUUUAGCUUGUGUCCACAAGGAACUUACUCAAAUGUAACCCACCUCACCAAUGACUCUGAUUGUCUGCCAUGUCCAGGAGGUUCAUACUGUGAGACAACAGGCCUUACUGCACCAACAGGGCUGUGUGGACAAGGUUACUACUGUCCAGAAGGAACUAUCUACAAGGAGCCUGCUAGUACAUUCUGUCCUGUAGGACAUUACUGUCCAGAGGGAGUGUCACAGCCAAUUCCCUGUCGUAACUACACACAGGUGAACCACACACAUGCUGUCCAAUGUAAUGCUUGUCCAGCUGGAUUCUACUGUGAUCUAACAGGUCUUAGUACCAUCUGCCCCGCGGGAUACUACUGUCCAGCGGGUACAGGAAUUGACUGGCAGUCCUGUCCGAGAGGAACAUACAGUGACACAGAAGGCCUUAGUGAUGAAAGUCAGUGUAAACCUUGUCCAGCUGGGAAAUAUUGUGGUGGUGAACACCUAACAGCAGCCACAGGUGACUGUGCCCCUGGUCAUUGGUGUGUCUAUGGUAUUGAUCGAGAGUACCCUGAUGGAAACAAUCAGUCGUCAGCUGUUUGGAACAUCUCUUGCUACGAUGACCGACAGCUGGGGUAUGGAGGGAUAUGUCCUGUAGGAAACUACUGUCCCGGAGGUACAGCCAGUGUCUACCCAAUACCUUGUGAUAAUGGCACAUACGCCGAUACAACUGGAAUGGCUGCUUGUACUACAUGUCCUGCAGGAUAUUUCUGUGGUGAAGGGACAGCCAACUACACAGACAAUCCAUGUCCAUUUGGUCACUACUGUCCGGCCGGCACUGGCUACUGGAACCAAUAUCCAUGUAGUGCUGGUACCUACAACAACCUGACGAUGAGGACAAGUAACAGUGACUGUCUCAGCUGUCCAGGUGGAGAGUACUGUGGACAGACAGGUUUAACACUCCCGUCAGGCCUGUGUAUGGCUGGAUACUUCUGUGAUUCUGGAUCUGCUACAGCAACACCAUCUGGUGCUGGUGGAAACAACUGUUCUGCAGGCUAUUUCUGUCCGGAAGGGUCGACAAACCCGACCCCCUGUACACCAGGGUCAUUCUGUGGCAAUGACCUCUUAAACAUGACCUCUGGCCUUUGUGACCCUGGAUACUAUUGUACCCAGAUGGCCACUGUUUCUAACCCCACUGAUGGAAACGUAACAGGUGACAUCUGUCCUACUGGUACCUAUUGUCCAGCUGGAAGCACCGCUCCUUUGCUAUGUCAGUCUGGAACCUAUCUCAACAGCACAGGAAAUGAUGCGGACACGGAUUGUAUUGCCUGUGUAUCUGGAAGUUACUGCAGUGGUAGUGGAAAUAGUGUACCAGAUGGACUGUGUAGUGCUGGAUAUUACUGCCCAGCUGGUCAGGACAAUCCAACCCCCUCCAGUUAUAACUGUACCCAGGGACACUAUUGUCCUGAGGGAAGCAUUGCACCCAUCAGAUGUACUUCAGGUUCCUACCAGGAUGACAUUGGACAGUCCUGGUGUAAGGCGUGUCCUGCUGGCUAUUUCUGUGACAGUACCAUGGAUCCCGUUGUGCUUUAUAAUAACUCCUACUGCCCUACCGGGUUUUAUUGUCCAGAAAACACAACAAUGUCAACACAGUUUCCAUGUCCUUCUGGAACCUUUAACAAUAUCACACAUCGUACAAUGGUGUCUGAUUGUACAUCCUGUAGUGGAGGCAUGUACUGUGACCAGGUUGGUCUCACACUCCCUGUAGCAAGUUGUGCUGCUGGGUAUUUCUGUUUGUCUGGUGCAAAUAGUUCCACACCAAGCCAAGGUGUUGAAGCAGACAUCUGUCCCCCUGGGUUUUACUGCCCCCUUGGGACUGUCAGCCCACUGUCCUGUCCCCCAGGGACCUAUAACCCAACCACCGGACGUCAGGCAGUGGAUGAGUGUACCAACUGUACAGGUGGAACUUACUGUCCCGACUACAACAUGACAGCGACUGGAUCAAAUUGCCAAUCUGGUUACUACUGCCCCACCAAAGCUGAUGUAGCUAACUUCCUUCUGUGUCCGGAGGGAUCCUACUGUCCUACAGGGAGUGACCAGCCAAUACCGUGUGCUGCUGGCUCAUUCUCCAACAUGACUGGACUAACUGCUCAGUCAGGCUGUACAAACUGCACAGCUGGAUUCUACUGCCCGAACUCAGGUAUGACCGAGACAUCAUUACAAUGCUGGGGCGGUUACUACUGUCCAGAGGGAAUGGCUGCCCCCAACCCAGGGGCCUACAUCUGUCCCCGAGGAAUGCAUUGUCCAAAUGGCAGUGAAAUAUAUAAGGAAUGUCCUGAUGGAUUUUACACCAACUACACUGGAGCCUCGUCAUGUGACGUAUGUCCUGCUGGUUUUUACUGUCUUCCUGUCCAGCCCGCCAAUGACACACUAAAUGCCCAGUCCUGUCCUAAUGGCUACUACUGUCCAGCUGGAACUGGAAUCAAUUGGAUGUCAUGCCCGAGUGGUUCUUUCAGUGACCAGCCAAGUCUGUACCAGGUCGACCAGUGUAAGGCAUGUACAGCAGGGAUGUACUGUCAGGGUGAACAUCUGACUGCACCUACUGCAAACUGUUCUGCAGGAUACUAUUGUACAUCAGGAGUAGACCGUCCACAACCAGGAGCGAGCAAUGACAGUGUAACAGCUAACUGCACUUGCCCAGAACAAGCCUUCUACACUGGAGUGGGCGGGGAGUGCCCCUUGGGUCAUUUCUGUCCAGAGGGUUCGGCAACACCUACACCUUGUGCGGCCGGGACGUACGGCGAGGCUACAGGACUGUGGGAGUGUGCGCCAUGUCUCCAGGGAUACUACUGUCUGGUCAAUGCCUCCGAGUACCUGUCCACCCCAUGUCCUCAAGGUCACUACUGCCCUAAUGGGACAUCAUCCAGUACCCAGUACAGGUGUCCACCAGGGACAUAUAAUCCAAACACACAUGGAACGUCCCUGGCGGACUGUCGCGACUGUGAUCCAGGACAAUACUGUCAGGACUACGCCAGCACUACUCCUACUGGUAACUGUUCGGCCGGCUGGUACUGUGUAAGUGGAUCGGACAGCCCGAACACCACCACAAAUGGUGGUAUCUGUCAGCCUGGCUACUACUGUCCUGGAGGAUCCAGCAGCCCCAUACCAUGUCCUGGUGGUAAAUACUGUCAGUUUGAAGGCCUAGAUACACCCACAGGGAACUGCUCAGCUGGCUACUACUGCUCAGCCAGAGCAUCUACCGCCACUCCCCCAGGGGACAGCACUGGUGAUAUCUGCCCCCCAGGGUUCUACUGUGAAGAAGGAUCUCUUUCCCCGACCCCCUGUUCACCUGGCACAUUCAGUCCAAGUACAGGAAACAGAGCUGUCAAUGAUUGUCUGGCUUGCUCCUUUGGAGAAUUCUGUGGUGACUACAAUCUCACUGCUACAACAGGUAACUGUACCCAAGGAUAUUACUGUCCGGAGGGACAAAUAACAGACACACCAAAUCUUUGUACCACUGGUCACUAUUGUCCCGAAGCCACCUCCAGCCCAAUUCUAUGUCCAAGUGGAUUCUACCAGGACCAGACUGGUCAGUGGACGUGCAAAUUGUGUCCAGAGGGCUACUACUGCGAUAACAGCUUAGGAGUCGUAGUCAUCAAUGAAACCAUCAAGUGUCCAACUGGUUAUUUCUGUCCAUCAGGCACGGUACGGAGUGACCAAUUCCCCUGCCCUACCGGUACCUACAACAACAUGACAGGAUUAAAUCAGAGUUCUCAGUGUACGCCCUGUACUGGAGGGUACCACUGUAGCAUAGCCGGCCAAUCAGAACCUGUCGGACUGUGUGCUCCGGGAUACUUCUGUAAUCUGUAUGCAGAGCUGUCCACUCCAAACAACACAGGCUUCGCUGGCAUCUGUCCACAAGGUUCCUACUGUCCAGAGGGCACUGUAAACCCCUUAGACUGUCCGGCUGGGACUUACGGUGGCCUAGAGGGCCUAGCCAAUGAAACUCAAUGUACACCAUGUACCGGCGGUCAGUACUGUGAGAUUCCAGGACUGACCUCACCACAGGGACAGUGUACAGGUGGCUACUUCUGUACUGGAGGGUCAGACUCCAGGGUCAAGGAAUUGUGUACAGCUGGUCACUUCUGUCCAAGCGGAACUCAGACACCUGAAAGAUGUCCAGAGGGAACAUUUAACCCCUACCUCGGCCUAAAUAGUUCUGACUACUGUACCCCAUGUACAGAGGGUCAGUAUUGUGAGACGGAGGGUCUGAAUGCUACAACAGGACCAUGUGAGGCGGGAUUCUACUGUCCAGGAGGACAGAACUCUUCUCGUCCAGCAGAUUAUCCUUGUACAGUUGGUCAUUUCUGUCCUGUUAACUCCUCACAGCCUACACCCUGUGCCAACGGUACAUACAUGAACCACACCAUGGCGUCCGAAUGUUACACAUGUCCCGCAGGCUGGUACUGUCGGUCGGGUAAUCUGGUUGACUUAUGUCCAAUCGGUCACUUCUGUCCAGCUGGCACAGGAUUUGACUGGCAGCAGUGUCCAGUUGGAACCUUUAACAAUGAAACAGGCUUGUCUAUGUCCAGUGAGUGUAAACCAUGUCCAGGUGGGAGUUACUGUGACUCCUUAGGGAUGUCCACAACGACUGGUUUCUGUGAUGCUGGUCAUUACUGUGAAUAUGGUGUAGACAGACGUGAUCCGACAGGAGGGAAUGCCACCUUCAUCAACGGCACUUGUCAAGUACCAGGUGGAGAGACUGGAGUGGGCGGGAUCUGUCCCGAGGGCCACUAUUGUCCCCAGGGGACAACCACACCCCUUCCUUGUGGUCAGGGAACAUUUAGCAAUGUCUCUGGUCUAGCUGUUUGUCAUCAGUGUCCUGCUGGAUACUACUGUGUUCAGGGGUCUGUGACCUACGUGGACAGUCCUUGUCCCUCAGGCCACUAUUGUCCAGCUGGUACCUAUGUGUCCACCCAGUAUCCAUGUCCUGCCCAGACUUUCUACAAUCUCACCAUGGCCCGUCAACUCAGUGAUUGUCUCCCCUGUCCAGGAGGAGAGUACUGUGCCACCAACGGACUGUCAGCACCAACUGGCCUUUGUUCUCCAGGCUGGUACUGUAGCAGUAACUCCAGUCUGUCCAUGCCAUCUGCUCCUGAAGGCGGUCAGUGCCAGGUCGGAUUCUUCUGCCCUGAGGGUUCUUAUGAAUCACAGCAGUGUACCCCUGGCAAGUACUGCCAGACAACAGGACUUGACACACCCACCGGAAACUGUUCUCAAGGUUACUACUGUACACUAGAGGCCUCAGUAGCCACGCCCACAGACAAUGUGACCGGGGCUGUCUGUCCAUUCGGACACUACUGUGAGGAAAUGAGCUCUGCCCCCUCACCUUGUCCCGUUGGGUACUACCUGGACGUCGUGAUGCAGGAUCAAAUCAGUGAUUGUAAGAUAUGUAUUGGUGGAAAUUACUGUCCAAGCUCCGGAGCUGAACUGCCCGCUGGAAACUGUUCUGCGGGAUUUUACUGUCCAGUAGGUCAAAACUCAUCAACACCUGAUGACUACAGAUGUCCAGUCGGUCACUAUUGUCCCGUGGGAUCUGAGUCACCGAUUCGCUGUGAAAAUGGAACAUACCAGGACCAAGAUUCUCAGAACACCUGUAAACAAUGUCCUGCAGGAUACUUCUGUGACAACACCAUGGGGAUUGUCGUACUUGACAACAGCACCACUAUUUGUCCGAUGGGCUACUAUUGUCCGGCAGGAACUCGAUACAACAAUGAAUUCCCAUGUCCUAUUGGCACAUUCAACAACAGGACUGGUGUGAGUCAAGCGACCGACUGUACACCAUGUUUGGGCGGGUACUACUGUCCCAUGGUUGGCAUGGUGACGCCGGUGGACAUGUGUGAUGCGGGACAUUUCUGUAAACAGUAUGCAAACAUCUCAGCUCCUGAUCAAGGAGCUGAUGCUAACAUCUGCCCUGAGGGUUCAUACUGUCCUAUAGGAACGUCUACACCAAUUCCCUGUCCCAAGGGUACAUACAGCAAUGGUACAGGCCUGCAGGCUGAAGCAGACUGUACCCAGUGUCCUGCAGGGUGGUACUGUGACCAGCCAGGCAUGCUCAAUGUCACCGGACCGUGUGAGGGAGGGUAUUACUGUGAAUUGUCCUCUAACCAUUCGAGGAGAACCAUCUGUCCGGGAGGCAGCUAUUGUCCUGAAGGAUCAGGCUGGCCCACACCUUGUGCCAUAGGGACAUACAGUAACACUCAGGGGCUUGUCAAUGCUACCCAGUGUACAGACUGUGACCCAGGGAGCUACUGUAAUGAUACUGGCUUGACCCUGCCCACUGGGUUAUGUGAUGGUGGUUUCUACUGCCCUGGAAGAGAUUCUGUGUCAAACCCUGUUGCUACGCCUUGUCCGAUUGGUCUUCACUGUCCAAUAGGAAGUGGCCUACCAGUGCCAUGUGAACCUGGAACCUUUGCCAACUUUACUCAAGCGUCUGCUUGCCUUAUAUGUCCUGAAGGUUUCUACUGUGUACCUGAGGAGGUCAUCCAAGGUAAUUCAUCAUCCGGUCACCGUCUCUGUUCUCGUGGAUUUUACUGCCUCGCUGGUACAGGUCGUAACGAGUCAGCAUGCCCAGCAGGGACCUACAGUAACCAGCUUGGUCUUGUUGCGGAAGCAGAUUGUCAGCAGUGUACAGGAGGCAUGUACUGUGAUGUCACUAACCUGACUGCACCUGUUGGGGAUUGUGCCCAAGGGUUCUUCUGUGAGUCCGGCGUGGACACAGCUACACCAACAGGAAACCACACAGGAACCGGCGGGAUCUGUCCUAUUGGUUUCCAGUGUCCACAAGGCACCGUUGUACCACAAGGUUGUGAUGCUGGAUCAUACCAGGAUGAGAGUAACCAGGCUUCGUGUAAAUCGUGUCCAGAGGGCUACUACUGUAUAGCCAACAGUACGACGUAUGCGGACAAACCAUGUCCAUCUGGUCACUACUGUCCAGCUAAGACCGCUUUUGACAUCCAGUUCCCAUGUCCAGCAGGAACCUUUAACAACCUCACUGGUAAAUCCAACACCAGUGCCUGCGAGCCCUGUACCCCCGGGUCAUACUGUGGCUCGCCAGGCAUGAGUUCUCCCACAGGACUCUGUGAUGCUGGCUGGUAUUGUACAUUGGGUUCCAGCCUCGCCCAAACUUUAACAGAUGGUGGCAAGUGUGUAGCAGGAACUUACUGUCCCAUUGGAAGUUCUGCCCCAGUAGGAUGUGACCCUGGCAUGUAUUGUGAUAUAGAUAUGAUGAGCACACCCGCAGGGAACUGUUCGGCAGGAUAUUACUGUAAUUCCAACUCUACCACAGGACAACCUACAGGUACCGGAGGUGACCGAUGUCCAAUGGGCCAUUACUGUGUGGAAGGAAGCUCCGUUCCUGAACCCUGUCCUCAAGGUUACUUCCAGCCUAGCAUGGCUGGUCAGAAUGUCUCCUGGUGUCUGCCCUGUACUGCUGGUUAUUUCUGUAACAGUAGUGGACUGGCUACAGAGGAUGGAAUGUGUGAUGCAGGCUACUACUGUCCAGAGGGCCAGAUUGUGAGGAACCCAAGUGCCUAUGAAUGCCCAGUAGGAUAUAAAUGUCCGGUGGGUUCUAGCUCCUAUCAGCUGUGUCCAGCGGGAUUCUACCAGGACGAGGUUCGACAGUACACAUGUAAGGAAUGUGUUGAGGGCUUCUACUGUGACAAUGCUUUUGGCCCUAUUUCUAACUAUACAGACUAUAUCUGUCCAGAGGGUCAUUACUGUCCUAAUGGCACAAAAGUGGCAAACGAGUUCCCUUGUCCCGUGGGCACCUUCAACAACCAGACCGGCCUGAGAUGGGACACAGAGUGCAUGCCCUGUACAGGAGGUCUUUACUGUACAGCUGGCACUGUCGUCCCGUCUCUGCCAUGUGCUGCCGGAUACUACUGUCGCUCAGCCGCACAAACAGCCGCACCAUCUCAAGGGUCAAAUGCAGACCCCUGUCCAGUUGGUCAUUACUGUCCGGAGCAGACAACUGAACCCAUCAAAUGCCCAGCAGGAACCUUCUCAAAUAACACCAAGUUGAUGAACCUGACCGACUGUAACUCAUGUACAAGAGGCUGGUAUUGUAAUGAUUCUGGAUUGGUUGAGCCGACUGGGCUGUGCACAGCAGGUUUCUUCUGUAUAGAGGGAUCUGAUAACAACGCUCCUCAGAUCUGUACAGCUGGACGUUAUUGUGUCGAGGGCACUCACACACCAGCACGAUGUCCAGCCGGAACCUUUUCUAACAGUACAGGACUGACUGCUGUAGGGGAGUGUACAAACUGUACCGGCGGUAGUUAUUGUACACAGACAGGAUUAACAGAUGUUGAAGGCAACUGUACGGCAGGUUACUACUGCCCUGAAGGAUCAAGUAUACACAAUGCGGUCAUCUGUCCUAUCAGCCUACAUUGUCCAGAAGGAAGUGACCAGCCUCUCGCCUGUACAGCUGGUACCUACACAAACAGUUCAGGAAUGUCUGCCUGCAUCACCUGUCCUGAUGGAUUCUACUGCGUGGCCCAGAACGUCAGUGCUUCAGUUCCAGUAUCAGGAUAUUAUGAUUGUCCAAUGGGUUACUAUUGUCCUGCCGGAACUGGGUUAGAUUGGCAGCCUUGUCCAAUGGGAACCUACAGCCAACAGACCAAUUUGUAUAGGGUGAACCAAUGCCUAGACUGUGAUGGUGGUUACUACUGCUCAGUAGAGGGUGCUAAUGUCACUACAGGCCUAUGUCAGGCUGGGUACUAUUGUCAGUCAGGCGUUGACCGCCCCAACCCUGACAAUGCGGCCAUUAACAGCACAUAUCCAGCUAGCUGUCCUCUGAUAGGGGGACACACAGGUUAUGGUGACAUUUGUCCCCUUGGCUAUAAGUGUCCCCAGGGCAGUGAUGCCCCUAUAGGCUGCCUCGCCGGUGAGUACCAGGAUGAAACAACUCAGAGUACCUGUAAAGUCUGCCCAGCAGGGUACUAUUGCCUGGCUAACUCCACUGACUACACUGAUAAGUCCUGUAGCAGUGGUCACUAUUGUCCUGAAGGCACAACACAGAAGUAUGCUAAUCCAUGCCCAGCUGGAACAUUCAACUCUGCCACCAAUCAGAUCAACUCAUCAGCUUGUGUAACCUGUACUCCAGGGCAAUACUGUCAGAACACAGGGUUGUCAGCCCCUACUGGAAACUGCAGUGGAGGAUACUACUGUUCUGGCGGAUCAACCAGUCCUAAUCCAACUGAUGCAAGCAUGGGAGGAACUUGUGUAUUUGGUCAGUACUGCCCUGAGGGAAGUGAUGCCCCGAUCGAGUGUACACCGGGCAUGUACUGUCUCGGUAUUCGUCUUACAGAACCUACUGGAAACUGCUCCCAAGGCUACUACUGUAAUGGCAGCUCAUCACUGAGUACACCUCCCGAUGGUUCUAUGGGCGGAAACUGUCCAGCAGGCUACUAUUGUCCAGAAGGAAGCUCAUAUCCUACUCCUUGUCCAAUCGGUUACUACCGAGGAUCUAUUCGUGGAACCAAUCCCUCAUCCUGUACCAUCUGUACUAAGGGAAAAUACUGUGACACAGAGGGUCUAAGUGCACCUGCUGGAGACUGUUCCCCAGGAUACUACUGUCCAGCUGGUCAGAUCUCAUCAACACCUUCAAACUACAGCUGUGACCCUGGCUACUUCUGUGUGGGUGGCAAAGAAGCACAAGAGGCCUGUCCUUCGGGUACCUAUCAGAUCAAUCCUGGUCAGUCACUGUGUCUUACCUGUCCGGAGGGUUACUACUGUAAUGCUACAUUUGGACCUGUGGUCAACUUCGCCUCCACUGUUUGUCCUGAGGGUUAUUACUGUCCAAACGGCACAGAGCACGCCAAUCAAUAUCCCUGUCCAAGAGGAACAUUCAACAAUAGGACAGGUUUAACCAACUCAUCGGAGUGCUCGCCCUGUACUGGGAAAUGGGCUUGUGACCAGGUGGGAUUGACGUACCCCUUACAACUAUGUUCUGCAGGCUACUUUUGUCGUGAGGGUGCUGAUUCUACCACACCCGACUUGAUAAAUGCAGACGACUGCCCCGCAGGAUCCUACUGCCCCGAGGGUACAGACGAACCCAUCCCCUGCCCCCUGGGAUCAUACAGUAACACCCCCAACCUACAUAUGGAAAGUCAGUGUCUUAACUGCACAGGUGGUUAUUUCUGUAAUGAGACUGGACUGACCGCUCCAGUUGGACAAUGCUUGGAGAGAAAUUAUUGUCCGUCUGGUUCUAGAUCCAGAACUGAGUUCAUAUGUCCAGUUGGUCACUUCUGCGGCUUAGGAACAGAAUAUCCUGACCAGUGUACGAACGGUACAUUCUCUGACGCCACAGGACUUGCCUUUAGCUACGAGUGUGCCAACUGUACAGCUGGAUAUUAUUGUAAUGGAAACGCACUAACAAAUGUCACAGGACCCUGUAAAGCAGGUCAUUACUGUCCAUCAGGAUCCAGUGUGGAGAGUCAGGUUGUCUGUCCAGCAGGCAUGCACUGUCCAGAAGGCAGUGCAGCUCCACAGGAUUGUCUUGCUGGAUCCUUUGUCGACUAUGAUGGAGCCUCCAUCUGUUCCGUGUGUCCUGAAGGUUAUUAUUGUGUACCAGAGCAUGUGAUUCCCGGUAUAGCCUCCACUGCUAAAGCUGCUUGUCCUGUCGGAUUCUUCUGUCCUAAUGGAACUGGACAUGACUGGCAGCCAUGUCCAGCUGGCACCUUCAGCAACAUAACUGGACUACAGAAGGCCGAGGAUUGUACACCCUGCACGGAUGGACAAUUUUGUCAAGGAGCCAACUUAACAUCGCCUUCAGGUCCCUGUAUGGGCGGUUACUUCUGUGUCUCAGGGGUAGAUCGCGCCAACCCACUCAUGUUGAAUGACACCCAGUGUCCAACAGGCACAGUUCACCCAAUCAUCGGCCAUGAAUGUCCAACUGGUCACUACUGUCCAGAGGGAUCAGGCAAUCCAAUUGGCUGUCCAGCAGGCUCGUACCAAAAUCUAACCAAUCAGAUCAAUUGUAAGAGCUGUCCAGAGGGCUACUUUUGCUAUGCUAACACUUCUGAUUACAGUGCUAACAUUUGUCCUGGUGGUCACUACUGUGGCCUGAAUACCACUGACCCCACCAUGUUGCCAUGUCCACCUGGUACCUACAACAACCUGACCACACAACAAACCAUUGAUUCCUGUGUGCCCUGUGAUCCUGGCAUGUACUGCCAAGGUGAUGGUAAUGCCUUCCCUACAGGAAACUGUUCAGCAGGCUGGUACUGUACUAAUAGAUCUCAUGAGGCUCAGCCAACUUCCAAUGGAGGAGAAUGCCAGGCUGGGUUCUUCUGUCCAGAAGGAUCUUAUGCCAUGCAAAAUUGUACACCAGGAAAAUACUGUCAGACUAACGGCCUAGCCUUGCCCACUAACGACUGUGACGGCGGAUACUACUGUCCAGGUGGCGCCACCUCUGCCAAAGAAAUUGUCUGUCCAGUUGGUCACUACUGUCCGAUUGGAACAGAUCUUCCCAAUGCCUGUCGGAACGGAACAUAUGCAUCAACAACAGGUCUGCAGAGCGAGGGGGAGUGUACAGAAUGUGAUCCAGGCUUCUACUGUAAUGGAACGGGUCUAAGUGCCACAACAGGUCUAUGUGAUGCAGGUUUCUACUGUCCCGGAGGUCAGAGUGUGCCAGAUCCCUAUGACUACCGUUGUACUCCUGGCCACUAUUGUACCGUAGGCACAGGAACACCCUACCGUUGUGCCAGUGGGGAGUACCAGAACGAGUACCAACAAUCGUCCUGUAAACAGUGUCCAGCAGGUUACUUCUGUGACAGUAGUUUGGGGCCAGUGGGAGAACUGACUAACAGCAGCUGUCCAGAGGGAUUCUAUUGUCCUGCAAUGACCAAUCUAUCCAGCCAGUUCCCCUGUCCUGCUGGUACCUAUAACAAUCGCACUGGAAUCACUAUUGAAGCAGAUUGCCAAGCUUGUCCUCCUGGGAAAUAUUGCCAGUCCACCGGGCUACCGGCUCCCGAGGGAGACUGUUUCCCAGGGUACUACUGUAAUGGAAGUACAACUGAACCGACACCUUCUGAAGGUUUGUGUCCGAUAGGAAGUUACUGUCCUUUAGGAUCCUACAAGCCGAUUCCCUGUCCAGACGGAACCAUCGCCUCCAGCACAGGAAACGUUGAUCUCACGUAUUGCGAGUCAUGUAAACCAGGCAACUACUGUACACCGGACAGCUCCAGAAAUGGUUAUAGUCUACCAUGUGAUGCUGGCUAUAUUUGUCUUAAUGGGUCAAACAUUGCUACCCCGACCGAUGGAAUCAUUGGGUAUGAGUGUCCAGCUGGACACUACUGUCAGUCUGGAGAUGUUAAGGAAACUCCAUGUGAGGUCGGAACUUAUGCACCUAGUACAAAACAUGCGGUAUGUCGGGAUUGCCCUGAAGGCCGAACAUGUCCUCAACAGGGUAUGAACUACACGGAGAUAUGUCCUGCUGGAUAUUACUGUCCUAAUGGAACAUCUGACAACGGUCAACCAUGCCCCUUAGGUUCCUACAGUUCACUGACAGGCCUUGUCAACUCGUGGGACUGUCAGGGAUGCCCUCCUGGAAAGUUCUGUAAUGCAACUGGCCUCGGAAGUCCUGCUGGAGAUUGUAUGGCUGGGUACCUAUGUGUUGCAAAUGCGACACAAGAAGCACCAAACGAUGGACUAAACAUGCCCUGUCCUGCGGGACAUUACUGCUUAGAAGGUGGUGUAACAGCUGAGCCAUGUCCACGUGGAACAUUCCGGAACCAGACAGGUGGUGGUGUUUUAAGUGACUGCUGGAUGUGUUCUGGAGGUUACUACUGUCAGAAUGAGGCUCUAACCACGCCCACGGGUAUGUGUGCUGAGCGAUACUACUGCCCAGAGUCGGCCAACAUCAGCACUUCAACACCCACAGAUUACAUCUGCCCGACUGGACAUUACUGCCCGCUGGGAACUGCUGACCCUGAGCCUUGUGGAGUUGGAACCUACCAGCCUAAUUCCGGUCAACUUGACUGUGUAACGUGCCCUAGCGGCUUUAGCUGUAUGGUCAACACAAGUGUCCCUGAGCCUUGUCCAGCCUAUUCCUACUGUCCUAAUGGCACCUCAGACCCCUUCCUGUGUCCAAACGGUACUUACACUGAUGCCAGUGAUACCGGGCUGGAGAAGCCAGAGGACUGCAAGGAAUGUUCAGCAGGGAAAUACUGUGUUGGUGGCCGUAUUGCUGGAGAUUGUGCAGCAGGAUACCUUUGUCUGAAAGGUCAAAGUGUUCCUGAUCCCCCAGACGAAAACCGCCCACUUGGUGGAAACUGUACUUAUGGCUUCUACUGUCCUGCAGGAACUACGGUGGUACAGACUUGUCCAGCUCUGCGGUAUAUAACUUGGGAAGGUGCAGCCUCAGCAUCAGAGUGUGACGUUUGUCCGGGCGGAUUUAUCUGUCCAGAUAAUUCCACCGUGUCAGAACCAUGUCCUGCUGGGUUCUACUGUGAGGUCAGCAAGGCUAUAGCUGCUUGUCCUGAAACAACUUACAAUCCUGUACAAGGGGCAGAUGAUGUCAGCUACUGUCUGCCUUGUCCAGCAGGCUAUUUCUGUAACACUACAGGGAUGGCAAACUACACAGUGAAUCCCUGUGAAACAGGAUGGUACUGUACCAAUGCCACAACUGCACCUCAGCCCUGCCCACCAGGCACAUACAGAGAUCAGAUAGCAGCCGGAAGUGAUGCUGAUUGUGCCCGAUGUCCAGCUGGCUUCAUGUGUCCAAACUUUAGUAUGAGUUAUGGUGGAGACCAAUGCACAACUGGCUACUACUGUCCAGAGGGAUCCCACAACGAGACCAUCUGUCAGGCAGGAUACUACUGCAACAGAUCGAUGUCACAAGUUCCAUGUCCCCCGGGCUAUUACUGCCCCGAGGGUUCUGCCACACCACUGCCUUGCCCCCAGGGCCAUUACUGUGAAAAACUAGAUGACUGUAAUAUGACAGAUGCAGGUGCCAUAGAACCAAUCAAAUGUCCGUUAGGUUACAAAGAAAAAGAUGGAGCUCCGCGUGAAACAUUCCUCGAUACUUGUGAAGCGUGCCCACCUGGAACAUUCGGUGCUGAUGCUAACCGUGCUGUUUGUGCUGAUUGCCGUGCGGGUGUCGUGUGCCUGGCGUUGGCUAUCACAGAUCAACCAGGCGAUAACUCCAGUGCUUACUAUGGAGUCAAUGCUACUAAUUCCUUCCCUUGUCCAGCAGGUUACUAUUGCCCACAAGGAAGUGCGGAGGCUACGCCUUGUCCAGCAGGUCGAUACAACACAGCCCAGUAUGGAGGGAGUGUUGAUGACUGUUCCCAGUGUCCAGUUGACCAUUUUAACCACCUUACAGGACAAAAGGCCUGUUACCAUUGUGGAAGUGAAGCCAGUCAGUCGCUCACAGGACAGGCGACAUGUGCCUGUAAAGGGUCUGGCCGAGACUUUCAAGAGAGUGAUCGGAAAUGUGUUUGUGCAGCUGGGUUCCUUGAGUCCGGAUCAACAUCUUCGUCUGCUGAUUGUUAUAAACAGGUGUACGACUUAUGUCUGUCCCAAACCACACGAGCUCAGGAUGGCAGAUGUCUAACUACUGCGCAGUGGGAGGCCCACUGUAGGGAUGAUGUAUGUCCUCCGAACGAAUAUGUAAGUUAUGACCGUCUGCUGGGAGUCUGCCAGUGUGCGAUGGAUGACCUUGACGAGGUCUGUGAUUUACAGUGUCGUCUUGCCCAACGUAAUGCCAUUAUGUUGGUUUGUGCAGCAGAGCCCCUCAGUGUACAUGUCGUUGUUCGUGAUUCCAGUAACAAUAUCAUGACUGAAAUUGGUGUCCAAUUUCUGACAAGGAUCAUCAACUCACGGAAUGCCAUUUCUACUGAUCAAUGUUCUUCCAGGGAUAAUAGUGAAAUACAAAUCAAUAUUUGUCAGAUGAAUUCAAGAGGAUUUCUGGGAGUAUACAAUCCCGACCGCCCCGAACUGAUCCAGUUAUUGCAAGACAAUGAAAAGGGCAACAACACUGGCAAUAUAACUGUGGAUAGCGCCAAUUAUGGGCGUCGCCGACUGCUUGCUACUUCCAAUGUUGCUGGGUCACAGUUCUCUGGCAUUGAGAACCCUGUUACAUGUCUUGCUAGUGGAGAAAUCAUGCUCUUCAGUGUGACCAAUACAUACUACCCCGUGUAUGAUAAAAACAACCUGUUUAACACUAAUGGUGCGUUUGACUACGGGGGAUUCCGUACCAUGGUUGAAGCUGCUGCAGUUGCUGCUACCACUUCUACAUUGUUUUCCUACCAAUUCAACGACCCCGGUGUUUACGUUUUCUCCCUCAGCACCGACUCCAAUAAGAAAAUGUAUGUUCGAGUGAUGCAGACAAGUGCCCAGUGCUCACAAACUGGUCCAUUCUUCCCAGCAACGUCCGCCAAUAUCAUAGCGAAUGGUAUCGCUACAGCAUCUGACAUCCUACAGGCCCCCGACUGGCAGAUCAUCUUCAUCAUCUUUGGGGUAGCGCUUCUGGCAAUGGUCAUCAUGAUGAUAGCAUUGUUGCUGUUCAGGAAAUACGGCUGGUCAAAGGCUUCCUACUUAUUCCCGUUCUACCGUAAAGUAACCAAGAAGUAUAACUUUGAUGACUACGCCAGUAAGGGAUCAACAGUACAUCCUGUUCGUAAAUACCAUCGUAAUAUGCGUGCCAUCACUAACGGUAAUGAACCACCUGACAACGAUGCCUUGGCUAUUCUGGACGCAACCAAUAUUGAUGUAAAGGAUGAUGACUUCUGGGAUUACGACCGACAAAUUGACCUGGAGGCCUUCAACACAAGAACUUUGUAUGACACACUUUCCAAACAGUCUCGUGGAGUCACAACAACAAUCAGUAAACACAAGGACGAGAUGAAACAAAUGUAUGGUAGAAUGGCCAAUCAGAAUGAGUCUCUCAAGGGAUUAUGGGCUGCCAAGAUGAAUUUGAAAGGCAAAGCAGCAUUGGCUACAGACGAGGACUUGGCAUCUUAUGAUAACAAGUUACACAUGCUCGAGAUUGAACUUGAGAGACGGAAGGAUGUAGGUCAGAAGUUUGAACUCAUCCUGCGAAGACAGAAUGUUCUAAUGGAGGAGGAUGAAAAGGCCCGGGAGAAUCACCAGGUGACAUUCCAGGCCAGUCUGAGAGAAAGUGCACGUACACUGAAGGAGUAUGCUGUCCAGCUCCAACAGAGAGCAGCCAACGAUGGGGAACUGAACCACGAAGCCCAGCGAACCAUGAACACAAGGAUUGAAAUGCUUCUCCAUAAGAUGUCGGAUGAAAAUAGAGAAGAAUGUAAGAGGACAAGCGCCUGGGGUGUACUUGGUCAGGGCACAGGAGGACAGCUGCUGAAACCUGGAAAGAACUCUCCUAUGAGGAGGGAGGAAUUGAUAGGUUCAGACAUGAGUGUCAGAGCAGCAGACCUCAUCUCCAUUGAUAAAACCACAGGAUUGCUCAGACCCAAACCCGGGGCAAAGAUGGUCCUUGGGGACAGCAGCAUUGUUGAAGUGCCCAAUGAUUAUUUCGUCCAUCCACAGACAGGGCAUGUGCUGCCCAUACAAGGAAAUGUGGCCUUUGACCCUGUGACCUCUAGGCUAGUGUUUGUUGUUGAUGCAGCCACAGGUGAAGCUGCUAGAUCCGAGGAGCCCUUCAUUCCUUACGUACCUUACCCAAUCAGCCGUAAAUCUGGUCAGGCUGUCGCCACACCUCUCAAACCUAUGGAACACAAGAGUGACCUCAAAUAUGGAUCACCCAUGUUUGACGCUGUAACCGGUCUACAUGUGCCCAUCAUGGCUAUGACUAUACAUCCACAGACUGGAGCUGUUUUACCUAUAGGCAGUACACACAUUGACCCGGUCACCGGUAUGCCGAUCCCGAUGGAGGUAGGCUCUCUUAUGGUGGAUGCUAAUUCUGGACAACCAGUACCUAUCCUCGCUGUCUCCUUGGACACUGAGUCAGGAGUUGUAGUUCCUGUUGGAGGCACCAAACCAGGCGAUCGUGAUGGAUAUCCCAUUAUUCCUGGGGAUUCAUUUGUUGAAUCCCUCAGUGGCAAGUUGGUACGAAUCCAUGGAGGUUAUCUCAAGGACACAGCAGUGCUGCCAUCUGGAGGAGGUUAUCAAGCACUGCUUGACUCAAGUGUGCUUGCCUGUGAGGCUCGAGCUAGUGAUGCUGUAAAACAAUACAAGGAUGCUCUGAUGGCGGCCAAUGGUCCCAAUGUUAACCUUCGCCAUGAAGAGUCCAUGCUGGACGCAGCCCUUAAAGAACUGGAAAAGGCUCGGGCAAGGUCAAGGGCACACCUACUUCGUAGCCAGCAUGAUAUACAGAGACGUCUCGAUCGCGCCUCCAUUCUGGCCGCCACUGGUGGAUGUCCAGGAAUGUAUGAAUUUUCGAAGACUGGACAGUUACUUCCUAUCCUGGUUGGAACAAUGAUGCAGGAUCCUGCUGGUUCUGGACAGGAAGUGCCGAUUUUGGGGGCGGAGAAAGAGAAGAAGACAAGUAAUAUCGUCCCUGUAGGGGGCACCAUGGAGGAUCCAGAAGGAGGAGGUCUUGUCCCAAUUGCCAUCAGUAAGAAGGCUGUAGAUCCUGUGACAGGGGAGAUAAGUCCUGUGAUAGGAGUCCGUCUGAAUCCUGAAAAUGGUUUAGCCAUCCCAAUAACACUAUCAACCGGCGGGCCUCGCAAGCGCAAACCCCCACCUGGAGCUCUUGCUAUGCUGGAGGAAGAAUUAGUAGCUCGACGCGGUUUCUGGAGACGUCAGCGACAAAUGGAACGAGAAUUGACAACCAAGGAACAUCUCCUGGCACAACAGCUGCUUUUUGACAUGGAUUCAGUGACGACAAAGACACUUGAACGAUUUUUGGAGGAGAUUGACAAUGGAACACAUCAUCUAUUGGAGGCUGAGAAGCGAGAGGUACAACGAAGAGGGGGUGCUGAACAGGAGUACGCAACAAUCAUACCGCCAGAGGUCAUAGCUGUCCUCUUACAAGGAGACCCAAUGGAACACCAGAUGGAGGAAGCACAUGUUGCGGCACAUGUGAAAUUCUGUGAUAUGUUGCGACGAUUUUUCGGAAAACUUCAAAAUGAAGAAAGGAAUUAUCGGGACAGGAAAAAUGAAUUAGAAGGGGCCCUUAACCCUGAUGCAGAAAACACAGUGUUACAGCGUUACAGACAGGCUAAAACCCGACUCCAGGCCGAGCUCCAAGACCAUCUUACCAAUAAGAUGGAAGCUUUAGAUGAAGCCCACUCUGCUCUUGAAUAUGCAAGGGAGAGAUCAGAACUGUGUGCCAUCGAGGCUAAGAUUGUUCUGACACAUGCAGGACUUCUGGCUGGAGAUUAUGACUGUCAGUUGUCUGGUGUCUAUGGUGAUGUGUACUCACAAGGUGGUAGCGACUCAGAACUCAUACCAUUACUCAAACAACUGAUAGCUAUGCUGGAAUCUGGUGGACCUUUCGUUCUGUCACCAGAACUUCUUAACCUAAUCAACAUGGGCACUGCAGGUGCUGGUGGUAUGACCAACAAUGUAACAAACAUGAAAAUAGAUGGAGGUCAUAUGGCUGGAGGCUACGGGGUUGACCCAUCAAAGUCAGGUGGUCAAAGAUCACAAGGUCAGAACUCAGGAGGUCAAGGACAAAGUGGCUUUCAACAGGUCUCUCACGUUAAAUCAGGAGGAGAUCACAAAACCAUUAUACAUGGCGACACAACAGUUUUCGGAACAAAGGGCAAAGGUAAAGAUGAUCAGUCCGGCCUUGAUAGAGCAAGAGGAGCUUUCGAGAAACAGGCGUACGAGGCAGCGAAGUUAGAGAAUGACCUGAAGAAGACAGAGACUGAAGGAAUUAACGAUACUCUGGAGGAGUUUGAGAAAAAGAAAGAAAACUCAACUGAUAAAGCCAAGAGAGAACUUGAAAAGAUGCUGCUGAAGGCCCGUUCUGAGGAGGAGAAGGAACGCUUGAUGAUGCAACAUGCAGAAGACAUCCAGAAACUGAAUGAGGCCUUUGAGAAACAGAAGCUAAAACAACUGAAGAACUUACGUAAGCGUCUAAUGGAGGAACGACGCCAGAAGAAGAAGGAUUUGCACAAGAAGCACUUAAGCGAGGCUGAGAUGCAGGAUCUCCCACCAACUGCAGUUCCAAAUAUCAACAUGCCAUCUUAUGAAGAACUGAAACAGGAGUUGCUACGAUUACAACAGCUGCAGGAACAGAUGUGGGCUGACAUGAGGAAAGGAGGACUGGAGGCAGCUGAUAACAUGCCAGCAGUCGACAUUGAUCCAGAGUUUGAGCGACAGAUCCGUUCCAUGGAUCUUACUAAGAGCCAGAAGGAAGAACUGAUUAACUCUACGCGAACUCGAAAUCAGGACCUACACAAACAAAUUGAGGACAUGAAGCAGAAGCUAAGAAACAGAAAGAACCGAAAGGCAGGAAUGAAACUGCUGGAGGAUGAAGACUUGGAAGGAGUGAGUGAAGAAGAGAAGAGGAUGCUGCUUGAGGCAAGAGGUACAGAUGAAGAUGCUGACAGAUUGAUGGAGGAGGAAGCUGUUCUGGCUUCCCUUGUUGCCAUGGAGAAGGAGCAACAGAGAAGGAACGAGGAGAAGGCCAUGAAGGACAUGCUGAAGAAUGUGAACGCUGAGGAUCGUGAGCGCAUCAUGACAGAGUUCAACGAACAUAUGAGGCAGCUGAACAGUCGCCGUGACGAUGACCGCGAAGCAGCUCAUGACAAGAUGAAGGCUAAAUUGGCAGCCAAGAAACGCAUGAGGGAAGAAUUGGACAAAGAAAAAGCUGUCAAUAAAGAACUUGACCAUAUAACAAAAACACAUGCUGCUCAAGGGGACAUGGAAACAGCAAAUGUAAUGAUGCAGAUCAACAGUAAGGUGAAUAGUGAAAAACUCACUGCUGAGCAACAGAAAAUUGUAGACCAGCAGCUCCGAGAACAGGAAGAGAUGGAGCGAAAACAGAAGGAGGAACUAAGAAAGGAAAAACGAGCAAUAGAGGACGAAGCUGCAAAGGAAGAACAGCUUAUAGAACAGCAGAUCCGACAGCAGAAACAGCUGGCUAUGGCAGCCCAUCAGAGCAAGUUUGAUCGGGAUGUGGCAUUACAUCAUAAAAACUUAAACGAGGCAGAAUACGAAAAAUUGCUGGGGGCUCACAAGAAGGAAAUGGAAGCUCUAAACGACAACCUUGACAAGGAGAAAGAUCGUCAGAAGAAUACUCUGUCAGAACGAAUUGAGAAAAGAAAGAGACUAAGAGCUGAACAGUUGGCACAGAAACAUGACAUUGAGAUGGCAAAGGAAUUAUCUCGGCAGCAACAGGAACGAGACAAAGUCAAUGAAAAGUUAGCACGAAAUGUGGAAAACUCAACACUGGUGGAUAGUGUCAAGAACAAAAACAGUGAAGAAGCCGAGAAUAUGAUCUACUCUGUGCUACGACAGCGCCAUCUGAAGGAAGCUAUCCAUCUGGAGGAUCAGUUGGCUCGUGAACUGGAAGCGAUGAGGAAAAAGGCAUCCAUUGAUAUUGAUGAGAAACGGCAGAAAGAGAGAGAUGCUUUGCUGGGAACAUUUGAACAAGAAAUGCGAGACCUGAUUUCUAAUGCUGGGGAUAUGUCACCUGAAGAGUUAGCGAGGAGGAAAGAUCAGCUUAAAAAACAGCAGGAGAAAACUCUGAAGGACUUCGAUAACUUGACAACACAGCUGAUUACACAAGCAGAAAAGGAGACAACGCCCCAACAGGAAGUACAACAGAUGUACGCACGUCUGGAACUCAAGGAGAAGCAGCUACAAGAGCUAGCCGAUGCCAUGAAGCGAUACUCGCCUAGCGAGGAACUAUACAAACAGUACCAGGAGGAGGCACGCCUGGCGAUGGAGGAGGCCAACCACUACAAAAAUAGCAUCAUGAAACGAAUGCAGGAAGAGCUAGAAAGACGCAAGGCAGACGAGAAACAGCGAGAAGAUGAAAGGAAACGUGCCUUGUUAGAGAAACUGAGACAAAUGGAGCAGGAUCUUGAGAAGGAGGGAGAACUAGAAGCACAGCGGGCUCGUGAACGUGAGGCUGAGAAGGAAAGACUGAGGAAACAACAACUAGAGGAACGUGAUCGAAAACAGAAGGAAGAAAUAAAGAAAUCAAAUAUGAGUGAAGAUGAGAAGACACGAUUGCUUCGUGAACAUGACGAGAACAUGGCGAGACUGAAAGAAACUAUGCAGAAGGACCACGCAAGGAGCAAAGACACGCUGAAGUCACGUCUAGAGGCCAGGAAACAACGACGCCUUGCUGCAGAACGAGCCAAGCUGGAAAAACAGAGUCUGAUGGAUGGUAACCAGGAUCAACAGGCCGACCUUGUCAGUCGACAACAGGAAGGUAUGCUACAGAGCAGUCUACCAAAGACCGCUGAGAAGGACCAGUUUGGAUUGGCUUCUGUACCAACUCCAGCGUCCACUUCAACACCAGGUGGAUUUACCUCAUCAGGCAAUGCUGAGCAGGACUGGGUGAACAUGUUGAUGAUGUCUCCACUGUUUAAACAGAUCAACGACUUGGCCAACAUGCUAGAUAACAGUGAGGGUGGAUCAGGGUCACUUGACCGAGUUCUUGGUGCUGAUUAUUCUAAGUCUUACAUCGAUGUGAAGGACGCUCAGUGGCAGUCUAAAGGUGACCUUGCCCCUGUGAACAUUAACAGUAUUUCACCUAGUCAGUUUGUUGUGUAUCGUUUCGGUGUGUUCAUAAUUCGAAUGCUACAUCAGGCAAUUGGAACUCCAGAUGUCAGUCUUCUGUUGGCCUCCAACCUCCCCAAGAACAAUUACGAACGCAAUGCAUUUAGAAAUUCAGUGCAUUUCGAACAUGCUCGCAAGAUCUUGUUUGUACGGCGCGAGAGGAUGGACUCUAUCGGUGAAUUUGUUGUGGUGAUCUUACAUUCCCUGGCUCACAUCAAAGCUGGAGACAUGACCGAUGACAGUAAUACACUGUUCAUGAGAGAAUUCUACAAGGGAUUAAGAGUAGUCUGCCAGGACAUGUUCUUCUCUAGGGCUAAAAACACACCAGCAACACAGGGUCUGAUUGGCUCACCAUCCACCAAUAGCAGAGUGGCUCUUGAACAGGCUUUGGGAAGUGUUAAAAACCAGGAUGAGAAGAUAUUGAUGAUUGACGAGUUAGUUGAUAUGAAGAUUGAUGGACCAACCCGACUUGAUUUCUCUGACCAGCAAAUGUCACAGAGGUUGUAUGGUUCAGAGACUCUUGCCAGCAAUGCACGUCUACGACAAUAUCUGUCCUCCAAGGGAGGUGUGUUAGCAACCAGCGACUUUGUUAGCUCUCGAAUGUCCGAGCUUAAAGGCUUUAGGAGUCCAACUCCAUCUCCAAGACCAAGCCCAAUGAGGCGAAGGAUUAUGCCCCCCAUGAAGUCCCCCAGAGAUGUUCUGGACACUCAGCUCAUCGACAUGGAGGCUCGCAACGAUACAAUGAACAAGGAUUUGGCAGAGGCGAUGAAAUCUGAAGCUGACUUGAGGCAGGGUAUUAAGGAGCUGGAACAGAGUGCAUCCCCAGGGGACCGGUUGGGCCAAGCCCGUGAUCAGCUCGUGACAGUGCUCGCCAAGAAAAACGAUCUGCUGAAGAGGAUUUCUUGUCUUGAGGCUGAUAUAACAAAGAAAGAAAAAGAGCUGAAAUCCAAGAGAAGAUAAAGGGUUUACCACUAUAGACUUCUGACCAGUAUUUGUGAUUCUCUAGGAUUCAAAUUGGGACCAAAAAUGUGGAAAUCUAUUUGAGGAUAUAUGUAUAUAUAUGUGUGAGUUUUUCUAAGCAAACCAUUCAUUGGUAAAUUAACUAUAUUACU